AUGCCUGGCUGGCUUCUUCGCAUUGUCCUACGUCUUGUAUCCUUCGCCCUCUCUCCCUCUUCCGCUCCUCCUCCUCAUCCUUCUGCUGCGUGGGUGUGGCGCCCUUCAGUGCGGACGGUCGCCCCUCCACUGGGCGUGCAUCCGGCAUCAGCCGAACGCCGUGGCUGCUCUUCUGUUGGCCGGAGCCAAAGUCAACUCAACGGACAACGUCGGUUACACCGCGUUACAGCGAGCGGCCUGCGAAGGGCACGUGGACAUAGUCCGCCAACCUCAUCAAGAAAAACACCGCCAAUGUUGACCACCAAGAUGAUCAGCACGGCAACACGGCGCUACACGAAGCCGCUUGGAAAGGUUACAGUCAGACGGCGGAGGCGCUGGUUCGCGCCAAAGCCAACGUUUACAUUAAGAAUAAGGGUGGGUUCGCCCCCCUACACCUCGCCUGCCAGAACGGACAUAAUCAGACUUGUAGGGUCUUGCUCCUCGCUGGAUGUCGGCCCGAUAUCAAGAAUAACGUAA